GCGUUCGGAUAUACAAAUCGUCGGGUCUCUUGAUAUAAGGUUAGUCCCUCUCGCACCGUACUAGUAAGCGUACCUGAUCAAUCAAAGUGAAUUUUUUGUUCUAGUUAACCUAAUACAACUUCCAAGAUGUCAACUGGCCAGCAAUACUACCCAUUCAAAUGUACCCCAACCGUUUAUCCUGCAGAUCCGUUCGACCCCGUAGAAGAUGCAGCCACCCUCAAAAAAGCCAUGAAAGGCUUUGGUGCCGACGAGAAGGCCAUCAUAGAUGUUUUGGCACGAAGAGGCAUCGUUCAGAGGCUUGAGAUUGCCGAAACUUUCAAAACUUCCUAUGGCAAAGAUUUAGUAUCUGAACUGAAAAGCGAGCUCGGUGGAAAGUUUGAGGAUGUUAUGGUGGCUUUGAUGACCCCCCUGCCUCAGUUUUACGCCAAAGAACUCCACGAUGCCGUCGCUGGAAUCGGGACCGACGAAGAAGCUAUUAUUGAAAUUUUGUGCACCUUAUCUAACUACGGAAUCAGAACGAUUGCCCAAUUUUACGAAAACAUGUAUGGUAAACCCCUCGAAAAAGACUUGAAAGAUGAUACUUCUGGCCACUUUAAAAGACUGUGCAUUUCUCUAUGCCAGGCCAAUCGUGAUGAAAACCAAGGUGUGAAUGAAGCUCAAGCCACCGCUGAUGCCGAAUCCUUAAUUAGCGCAGCCGAUGGUUGGGGUACAGAAGAAUCCGAAUUCAACAAAAUCUUGAUUACAAGAAGUUAUCAACAGUUGAGGGCAACAUUUGCUGAAUACGAAAGAUUAUCUGGGAAAGAUAUCGAAGCUGCAAUCAAAAAAGAAUUUUCUGGAAGCAUAGAGAAAGGACUACUUGGAAUCGUUAAGUGUGUGAAGAGCAAAGUUGGUUAUUUCGCUGAACGUCUUCAUGACAGUAUGGCAGGUUUGGGAACCAACGAUAAAACUCUGAUCAGAAUAGUCGUUUCAAGAUCUGAAAUCGAUCUGGCUGAUAUCAAACAGGCCUUCUUGGACAAAUACGGAAAAACUUUGGAAAGCUGGAUCCAGGGUGAUACGUCCGGAGACUACAAACGAGUUCUUUUGGCCAUCAUCGACUAAUUCACCAAUUUCUUAUACAUGUUAAGCGCCAUCACUGUGCCCUACUACUACUAUUAAAUGCAAGCUUAUCGAAACUGCCACGAAUGAAUUUUCGAUAAUUUUUUAUAUAUUUUAUAUAUUUGCAGGAUAAAGCUCCCAGUCAACUUAAAUAUGUACUGACAGUUUUGAGUUUAGUUGGAGGUUGUUGAGAUAUUCAGAACUCAGGAAAUGAAAAGUUGAACUUUUUUAAUAACAUGUACCAUUCAGAAUGAAUUGAAUGAUUAUAUUAUAUGAAAACAAUUUUUAUAUCAAAUAAUAAUAUAUCCUGUUAGUAUUGAGAUUUGUAUUCCCAUAUCUUGUUUAUUGAUUAGUUGAAGAAAAUUGUUGCUAUAUGUCUAACCACAAAGUAUUUAUUCAAAUUAUGUUGUAUUUGUUAGUAAACGCUUGACAAAGUAGAAAUGUAGAUGAUAUUGAGAUUUGGGGAAUAUUCAAAAUUGUUCAAAUAAUUACUGAGAUCUAGGGCACGUUUCCCUCCUAUGUAUUAUAUUUUGAGAUAUUUUUCAGAUGUGCUUUAUAUGGGGCUUUUCGAAUAAAACUGUUAAAAUGCA